UGGCUGCAGCAGCGAGGAGUCACUGUAACUUCGACAGCAAUUCACUCAUUUGCUCAGCCGCUGGCAAAGCACUCUUGAGUCAUCGCCUCUCCCUGGCCGCCCUCCAGGCUGUGCUUGGCACGUGCCUUGGGGUUCUAUACAAAAGUCUACCUAGGUGCUACUUGCCACCGACCUCUGGUCAUGUUAUAUCGUCUCGUUCGAGCACUCAAUCCCACCGUCUCUAACCCCCUCCCUAACCCCCUCUCUAAUCCCACCAGCAGCUUCCCGUCUGAGACUGGCUCCUUCCGCUCACGUCACUCAAGCAGCCGCCAACAUGGACCUCCCUCCCCGCGGCCAGAGACGGCACCGGCCUGGGAAUCGCAAUCGUCAAGCAAACCCGCUGUCAACAACACAAACGACCCAGGCAUCGGGCACCCAUAGCACAGCUGACACCCUCCCGCGGCGAGGACGAAGAGGUAGGGGAGGUAGCCGCGGAUCGUCGAUGCACACCCCACGGAUGGUUCCUGGUGGGAGGCAGUUUGGGGGCCGUUUGACCGAGGCCACCGAGGAGAGUGCCAGGCCCGGGGCCUCAACCCUCCAGGCCGAUGCUCCAGAAUUUCAACCAGGCCAACCCGUUGUCCCCCGCCAUCAGCUACCACGACAGCGUAGACCACGAGCCUCAAAAUCGACUGCCCCGGACAUUGCCACACGGACCCAUGAAGAUAUCGACAAUGGACACUAUGAAUGUGCCAUCUGUACGGAGGACGUGCGGAGGCACUCUCGGGUCUGGUCCUGCCGCACCUGUUGGACCGUCUUCCACCUAGGUUGUAUUAAGAAGUGGUCCGCCAAGGAAGGCUCUGCUGCUGCUCACCAGCAAGCCCAAGAUGGUGAACCGUCUCCACCCCGCCAGUGGCGAUGUCCCGGAUGCAACCUUCCAAAGGAUGUUUUACCAAAGAGUUUCGCUUGCUGGUGUGAGAAAGAGAUGGAUCCGAAGCCACUCGCAGGCCUACCUCCGUUUUCUUGUGGACAAACCUGCGCCAGACAGCGCCUAAUUCCCAAAAAAUGCCCCCAUCCUUGCCCCUCUACUUGCCAUGCUGGUCCUUGUCCUCCAUGCACUCAAAUGGGUCCCACCCAGUCUUGCUUCUGCGGGAAGAAGUCCGUCACUCGUCGUUGCGUCGAUACAGACUACGAACAAGGGUGGAGUUGCGGGGAUAUUUGUGCAGAUCUUAUGCUCUGCGGAGAACAUACUUGCCCCCGUCCGUGUCAUGAAGGUCUAUGCGGUGCUUGCGAAGUUCGCGUCCCGGCCCGGUGCUAUUGUGGACACAGCCAGAAAGAUAUAUUGUGUUGUGAUCGAGGAGAGCAGAUGGAAAGCAGUCAGUCGCAUCUGGCCUCGGAUGGCUCGGUUUCUGUCGAGUAUUGGGUCGGCUUGUUUGAAUGCACUAAUGUAUGCGGACGAGAAUUCGACUGCGGAAAGCACUACUGUGAAAAGCUGUGCCACAAGCAGGACGCCCAAUCUCCCCACUGUCCACGUUCUCCGGAUCUUGUCUCUCACUGUCCUUGUGGCAAGACGCCUCUGGAGGAAAUAUCAAACACGGUACGCCAAUCUUGUGAGGAUCCAAUCCCGAACUGCCUUAAGGCUUGUGGGAAGCUGCUUAAUUGUGGCCACGAGUGUCGGCAACUGUGUCACCAGGGAGAGUGCCUGCCUUGCCUUCAGAUCGUGUCCAUCACUUGCAGAUGUGGUCGUACAACUUCCCCUAGUAUUUGUCACCAAGGAACAGAAGAGUUGCCGCAAUGCAUGAGAGUUUGCCGAGUUUCUCUCAACUGCGGCAGGCACGAAUGUGGAGAGCGAUGCUGCCCAGGAGAACGAAAAGCAAGCGAGCGACAAUCUAGUCGACGAAAGCUUCGCCCGUUGAGCUCUACGCCACGAAAUCCUGACGAAGCCUUUGAAGCUGAGCAUAUCUGCACACGGAUUUGUGAUCGGCCGUUGAAAUGCGGAAACCCAGACCAUCGCUGCCAGGAGCUCUGCCAUAAAAGUGCCUGUGGUACAUGCCGAGAGGCUAUCUUCGAGGAGAUCAGUUGCAACUGUGGCCAUACUGUUUUGCAACCGCCGUUGCCUUGUGGCACGAAACCUCCGCCCUGCCGAUUCCAAUGCGAACGACCGAAGAUGUGUGGACAUCCCCAGGUGGCGCACAACUGUCACCAGGAUGAAGAGAGCUGUCCCAAAUGCCCGUUCCUGACUACCAAGCUCUGUCUUUGUCACAAAAAUACGCUGAGUAAUCAGCCUUGCUGGUUAAUCGAGGUGCGGUGUGGUGAAACAUGCGGAAGGAGGUUGAGAUGCGGUGCACAUAAAUGCCAGAAGCAGUGCCAUCGCCCAGGCGAGUGUGCAGAGCCUUGUAGGCAACCCUGUGGAAAGGAGCUCAGUGUUUGUGGGCACCCGUGCCUGGCUCCCUGUCAUUCUCCGAUUCCGUGCAAAGAAGACAAGCCUUGUCAACACAAGAUACUCGUCACCUGCGAUUGUCAGCGGAUCAAGCAAGAGGCAAAAUGCAAUGCAUCCAGGAGCAGCGACGGAAACCUCAAGAAGGCACUCAAGUGUGAUGAUGAAUGCGGCCGACUUGAGCGAAACCGUAAACUCGCACUGGCGCUCAACAUCGAUCCCGUCACACAUCAAGAUGAUCAUGUUCAAUAUUCAGGGGCGACUAUGGACAUGUAUCAAGAAAACUCUACCUGGGCGGCGACGCAGGAAAAAGAAUUUCGGCUGUUUGCUGCCGACCCAGCGCAGAAACGCUUACGUUUCAAGCCCAUGCCUGCGAACCAUCGAGCUUUCUUGCACUCUAUUGCGGAAGAUUUUGGACUCGACUCUGAGAGUAUGGACCCUGAGCCUCACCGCCACGUCGCUAUUUUCAAAACUCCACGCUUCGUCAUGGCUCCAAUGAAGACAUUGGCGGAGUGUGCAAGGAUUCGACAAGUUCAGCGUGUCACCACUUCCCCGCCGAUUAUUACAACCCUUCGUCCCAAACCUACGAACAUGUCUGGUGACCCGUUCAAUGCAUUCCUUAUUACGAACCCUCGCUUCGCCUUGACAGUGGAGGAAGUUAACUCGCUCGUUAAGAGUACGAUUCCGAACGCGCCGUUCCCGUUGGAAGUCAACUUUCUCCCAAGUGAGGAAGUAGCCCUGAGGCCGCCGCUCAUGGCGCGUGUCACCAUGCCAGAGCGCGAUAUGCAGGUCACUCUAGAAGCUCUCAAACCAAUUCUAUCGCAGGCCAUCUCUGCGCACACUAUUGGCAAGCUCCAGCUUGUACGUCUCGAUUCGUCAUUGAAUAUUCUUCGAAAAGAGGUAGAUGCUGGGCCUGGAGCUGGUUGGAGCCAAGUUGCAGCUAAAGGUGCGCCAGCAAGGAAAGUCGAGAAGAAUGUAGCUCUUGGAACAAGGGGUGGAUUUGCUGUUCUCAGUCUAAGCAGCACAAAGAAGAAGGUGGAAAAGGAAAAACCCGUCGAGGUUGCCGAUGAUUGGGAAGCGGCCGAGAUGAUGGAGGAAGAGAGGGAACGAGUCAGUGGAGCAAACAGUGGUGUUAACAGUGGAAAUGAAAGUUGAGCAUCGAUAGGAGGAGGUCGUCCACGUAGUACUAUGUUUAUCAUGGAUAGGGCAAAUGAUGGUACCAGUGAGCGUAAGGCAGGAAAUUCUCGGGUGGGGCGCCGGAGGAGCCUAGAUAAUGAGGGGUGAUUAGGAACUCCACUUGAACGAAAGUAUACCGCGGCAGCGAAACUUGUCUACCCUAAUAGAAACAGCUCCAAGGCUAAGUUCUCAGUUUGGAAAUAUGACAUACACGAUUUCCC